GUCAUUUCUCAUCUAUCAUAUCAUCCAAAAUUCGUUGUUCUCUACAAUCUCACGAAGAACAAAAUCAUAUUCUAUAUUAUUAAUGAGAAUUUGGCAUGCAAUUAGGGGGGAUGGCUCUGUUCUCCUCCGCUACACUCUUGAUGAUGGAUGAUGUCGAUGGUGAUGAAAUCAAGUUCUCGGAUUGGGAGGUUUUGGAAAUAAUACAAAGGAUGAAUUUUGCUUCGGAAACUCAAAAUGUUGAAGAGUACUCUCAAGAUGGUGAGAGGGCAAAAAAGGCUAGGUGUGACUAUGUAAUAUGGUCAGAGCAAGAGAAUAGAAAGCUACUAAGGCUUUUAGUGGAGGAGGUGGAUAAUGACAACAAGAUGGAUAAUGGCAACUUCAAGAAAUAUACCAUCACACAAAAUGUGUUGCCAUUCAUGAAUGCUAAAUUUGGAAGAACUUUUAAAUUUGAUCAUGUAAAGAAUAAGAUCAAAAGCUGGAAGAGGAAGAUUGAACCAAUUGAAUUACUAUUGAGGAACAAUUCCGGGUUUGGUUGGGACCCAAUAUCUCAAAGAAUUACUUGUUCCGUUGAGGUGUGGGAAAAUUACAAGCAGGCUCAUCCUAAUACACCAAUGCUUAAAGAUAAGUUAUUUAAAAAUUUUGAGGAUAUGCAGAUGGUUGUGGGUAGCCACUUAGCUAGUGGGAGAGCAGCUGGAGGCCUAGGUUGUGAGGGUGUAGAGAGUGAGCUAUUACAUAAUGCAUUGGGUGAGGGUAUAUUGGAUGAUGACAUUGGACUUGAUGCUAUGGGUGAUGCAGAACCUACCCAAUCACCAGUAGAUCCUCCACCACCUCCCCCUAAUAGCACGCCAGGUCCUACCACUCCCGUGGCUGAAUCUGUUCCAUCAACCUCUAGCACUAGCAGGAAUGUUCGUAGAGCACCUCCCCGCACCACCACCUCUGCAUUGUCUCAACCCGCCGUUCAAGAAAUGGAUGGAAGAUAAUCAGAAUGUUUCUAUUUUGCUAUUUCAUGAGGAUAUUGCUGAUUAUCUCCUCAUUCGCAUCAUCAACAUGGCUGCACAAAUAGGAGGUCUAGUCACGAGUAUUUCGCAUCUCAUAUCACAAGAGGAGAUAAAUCUACCCAUUUCCCAACCCAGACAUGGCAAUACGGACCUUGGUCUUCAAUAUUUGAAAUCUAAGAUGGAUAGCAAUCCACGUGAUUUUCGUCGAAUAUAUCGUAUGCCUCUGAAUUACUUCAUGAAAUUGUGUAUGGUCUUGCGAGAACGUGGGCAUUUACAAGAUACACGGUAUAUCAGCGUUGAGAAGAUGGUUGCUAUUUUCCUACUCACCGUUACUCAAAAUCAACGAUAUUGCAUCACCACUGAAAGGUUUGAUCGAUCCCGAUUUGCCGUCAGUGUUUGUUUCAAUAAGGCACUACAGACCCUUGUGUCAUUAGCCCCUUGUAGGAUGGCUCCUCCUCCUACCGAACCACCGGAAAAGGUCACAUCCGAAUCUCGUUUUUGGCCUUACUUCAAGGUAUUGAAAUUUAAAUACACUAUAUAAGUCUUCAUUCAUUGUUAUUAUUAUAAUUUUAAAGUCACAUUUUAUAUAUGUUAAUGAGAAUAUAUAGGACUGUAUUGGUGCUAUUGACGAGACCCACAUUCCAUGUAUGGUGUAUAGCGAGGACCAAACUCCAUAUCGUAAUAGACAUGGUUAUCUUUCAUAAAAUAUCCUUGCAGCAUGCACAUUUGAUCUUACGUUUACUUAUGUCUUAGUGGGAUGGGAGGGAUCUGCCAAUGACUCACGGGUCCUGAAGGAUGCAAUGAGUAGAAGUGCAUGUAGUCUUCCACUUCCAAAUGGUAAAUUUUAUCUAGUUGAUUGUGGUUACCCAAAUAGGCUACAAUUCUUGGCUCCCUAUCGGGGUACGAUGUACCACCUUAAAGAGUUUGGCCCAGCUAACAACCGUCAGCGACCACGCAAUGCUCAAGAGCUAUUCAACCAUCGACAUGCAUCACUUAGAAAUUGUAUUGAACGUAUUUUUGGUAUUUUUAAGUCUAGGUUUACAAUUUUUAAGUCUCAACGUCCAGGUUUUCCAUAUGAGACACAAAAAAGUAUGAUCCGGGCAUGUAUCGGUCUGCAUAAUUUUCUGAGGAUGGAGAACUCUAACGAUGACUUUGAAGUUUCUGAUCUUCCUCCAGAGGCACCACGCAAUGUUGCUCCGAUUGAUGGUGAUUCUGAUGAGGACGAUGACCUACAAACUCAACAAGCACAACGGACAGCUGCAUCACGUUAGAGAAAACAAAUGAUAAACACAAUGUGGGAGGAUGGGACAAACGUAGCCCAAGAAGUCUAGAGCAAAGUUAUAUGCCGGUAGAUUAUAUUUCUAAUAAUUAAGAUUUAAGUUACCGACUGAGAUUUUAUUU